CCUGUGGCUGCUCUUGAGCCACCGCCUUCUUCCACCUACCCGCUCCACCCGCCCAACUCCGAAGAUGGCGCAUGUGCAGAAGGUCAUCCUGGGGCUGUCUGUUGCCGCCCGGGCUGCAGGAACUUUCACCACACUACAAACUCUGACUCCAACAGUAAGAACUUUUUCAAGGUCACAGCCUUUGUCUCAGAAUAUUCCAGAAGGCUUGUGGAAUCUAGGUCGAUUAAAUCAUGUAGCAAUUGCAGUGCCUGACUUGAAGGUAGCCAGCUCUUUUUAUGAGAAUAUGCUAGGGGCCCAGGUAAGCGAGGUGGUCCCUGUUCCUGAACAUGGUGUCUCUGUCGUUUUUGUGGAACUUGGAAAUACCAAGCUAGAAUUACUGCAUCCUUUGGGAGAUGAAAGCCCAAUUGAAAGCUUCCUGAAAAAAAACAAAGCAGGAGGAAUGCAUCAUAUCUGCAUUGAGGUGGAUGAUAUAGAAGCAGCUGUGGCUGAUUUAAAGCAAAAGAAGAUCCGUAUUCUGAGUGAGAAGGCUAAAAUAGGUGCACACGGCAAACCGGUCAUUUUUCUCCAUCCUAAAGACUGUGGUGGAGUCCUUGUAGAACUUGAAGAAGCUUGAUUUAAAGUUGUGAAAAAUUUAUAAUGAGAGAUAAUUCCUAAUGAAAUAUUAUCUUAUAUUUGAUCUCUGUUCAGUGUCCUCAGUUAUGUCUUGUCCCAAGAGUUCAAAAAUCAAACUGACAGAUUAAGUGAAUAAAAUAACAAAAACACAUUAUUUUUACUUUUUCCUGUUCUGUGAGGAAAUAUUUAUUCAAACCUUUAAUAAAUUGUAAAAAUAAUGUUUAUGGAAAUAAAAUUAUAUCUUCUAAAUGGUA